GGGAUUGCUGCAAAUGUGAAUUCCCACAGUACUUCCGUCAGAUCAUUUGGAUGAAAAAAAGCACACCCCAUGGUUCAUAGAUUAAAGAUGGUUCGCAGACUAUUUCAGUGAAAGCUACUAACAUGCUCCUGCUGAAGACAACAUGACAUUUGUGCCUUUGCACUGGGAAUUCGGUUGGACGACAUUCCGCUGUAGAGCGAAAGGUUUCGUGGCUGAGCGACAAUUUCUCACAUCCUGCUUUGUUUCUCGGUCCUGUCGACGAUGUGACCGAAUCUACAGGCUGCAUUUACUGCUGGUAGUAACUUAAAAUUGGGCGGCGUGAGGAAAUAAACAGCAGGAUGGUGACUUUGUAAAAGAUCAUCGUGAAGCACACAGAAGCCAAAGGCCAUAAAAAGCCUGGAUGGAGCGGCUGCGCUGGGUGCAGCACUGCUGUCGGCAGCUGCUAGCUGGAGACUCGAGGCGGGGUUGGUACUCUGAUGGGCUGCCCAACAGCAGCUUGCUGAACGCCCACAGCCCUCGGGGGAGGGUCUGUGGGAAGCAGAGGACGGUAUUUCCCCGCAAUGGGCGUCACCAACAGGAUUCUGAACGUGUAUCCAGAAACUACAAAAGCAAUGCAAUCUCCACUACCAAAUACACCUUGCUGACCUUCAUUCCCAUGAAUCUGUUCGAGCAGUUUCACAGAGCUGCAAACCUCUAUUUCCUGUUCUUGACAUUGCUAAACUGGGUGCCAGUGGUUGAAGCCUUUCAGAAGGAAAUUACUAUGAUUCCUCUGCUGGUGGUUCUCACAAUUAUCGCCAUCAAAGACGCCCUGGAAGACUUCAGACGCUACUUGUUUGACAAGAAGGUUAACAACAAUGUAGUUCGAGUAUUCUGUGGCACACAGAAAUGCUACGUUGACCAGUGCUGGAAAAAUGUUCAAGUUGGGGACUUUGUUCAUUUGUCCUGUAAUGAAAUUAUCCCAGCUGACAUGUUGCUGCUGUAUACCUCUGACCCUCAUGGGGUUUGUUACAUUGAAACUGCCAACCUAGAUGGGGAGACCAACCUGAAACAGAGACAAGUCGUUUCAGACUUCCCGCUGCAGGGAGAAGAGUUCACUCCUGAGAGUUUCCACAGUCGUAUUGAGUGUGAGAACCCCAACAACGACCUCAGCAGGUUUCGAGGUUACAUGGAGCACUCAAAUGGGGUUCGUGUAGGCCUCCAUAGUGGCAACCUGUUGCUCAGGAGCUGCACCAUACGCAACACUGAGACGGUGGUAGGCAUCGUAGUCUAUGCUGGUGAGCUUGCAGCUUUAUUUUUGUCACAUNNNGGGCCGAGGUAUAAGCGCAGUAAGCUGGAGAAGCACCUGAACACAGACAUCCUUUGGUGUGUGGUCCUACUCUUCAUUAUGUGCCUGACUGCUGCUAUAGGCCACGGCCUCUGGAUGAACAGCUUUAAAGGAUCCAUCUUCCAGGUCGAUACUGAGACGCCUCCUGCCCUGGCUGGAUUCUACAUAUUCUGGACUAUGGUCAUUGUGUUGCAGGUGCUGAUCCCAAUUUCUCUAUACGUGUCCAUUGAGAUUGUGAAACUAGGCCAGAUCUACUUCAUCCACAACGACCUAUCCUUGUACAACAAUCAGCUGGACUCUAGGAUCCAGUGCCGUGCUCUCAACAUUACCGAGGACCUCGGUCAGAUUCAGUACCUGUUCUCUGAUAAAACAGGAACGCUGACAGAAAAUAAGAUGGUGUUUCGCCGCUGCAGUAUCUUUGGAGUUGAAUAUCCUCAUGAGGAAAAUGCUCGAAGGCUUGAGGUGUACGAAUCAGAAAACACGGAGACGGCUGUUUGCUCUGUGACUCUGAAGUCAGGCUGCAGUGGGAAAUCUCUGAGCUGUCGCUCUCUGAGCUGCAACCGCAGCUCUGUGUCUCUCCACACGCUUACUGCUGAGCCAAUGGAGGAGGAUCAACUGUCGGGUCACGCCCAGCCCAGGACCGGUGCCUUCUGCAGCCGCAUGGCAAAGGAGGUGGUACCAGACCCCGCACUUGGCAGGAAGCUGAACUGGCUGACGAAUCACUCCUCGUCCGAGACUCCAUCCAGCAUGGAGCUCACGUACAUAACGGACUUCUUCCUGGCUCUGGCCAUCUGUAACAGUGUGGUGGUUUCUUCGCCCAACCAGCCGCGACAUGUGGUUCUGAAGGAGGACGAGUAUGACUUGUGGCUGAAAGCACACAUGCUGGCAGAGAGCAGCAUAGAGAACAGAGAGGAGCUUCUUCUGGAGUCAGCUCAGAGGCUUGAGACCAACCUCACUCUGUUGGGUACCACAGGGAUUGUAGACAGACUCCAGGAGGAGGUCCCAGAGACCAUUGCUGCUCUUCAGAGGGCUAGGAUUAAAGUUUGGGUUCUCACUGGAGACAAACAGGAAACAGCCAUCAACAUCGCUUAUGCCUGCAAACUUCUGUGUGCCAGUGACAAACUGCUGACAGCUAACUGUGGAAGCAAGGAUGCUUGUGCAGCUUUAUUUGAGGAUCUCAUACUGGAAGUCCAGGCUGGUGAGAGUUUCACUGCCCUUACUGGAAAUGAGGAAUCCGUGUCCAGCAGCUUCAUUCUGGUCAUAGAUGGCCGGACGCUGGGUUGGGCCUUGGAGGACGAAUUGAGGAGCAACUUCCUGGAGCUGAGCCGGCGAUGCAAGGCAGUGAUCUGCUGCCGCUCCACUCCACUGCAGAAAAGCCAAGUGGUCCAGCUGAUCCGGGACCAUCUCGGUGUCAUGACCCUGGCUGUGGGUGAUGGAGCCAAUGAUGUAAGCAUGAUUCAGGUGGCUGAUGUGGGCAUUGGGAUAUCUGGACAGGAGGGAAUGCAGGCUGUGAUGUCCAGUGACUUUGCUAUUUCACGGUUUAAACACCUCAGCAAGCUGCUGCUGGUUCAUGGCCACUGGUGUUACUCUCGUCUUGCAAACAUGAUACAAUACUUCAUCUAUAAGAAUGUGAUGUAUGUGAACCUGCUGUUCUGGUAUCAGUUCUUCUGUGGGUUUUCUGGGAGCGUCAUGACCAACUCCUGGGUGCUCAUCCUCUUCAAUCUGAUCUUUACAUCAGCUCCUCCGCUCAUUUACGGCAUCCUCAACCAAGAUUUACCUGCUGACACUCUGAUGGAGCUGCCCGAGCUCUACCAGGAGGCACAAACGUCCAAGACGUUUGUUCCGUACAUGUUCUGGAUCACGGUCCUGGAUGCUUUUUACCAAAGCCUCGUUUGCUUUUUUGUGCCUUACUUUGCAUACGCAGGGUCAGAUGUUGGGGUGCUGUCCUUUGGCUCACCGAUCAACGCAUCAGCACUUUUCAUUAUUCUGCUGCACCAAGUGAUCGAGAGCAACACACUGACAUGGAUUCACGUGGUCGUGUUGGUGCUCAGCUGCACUUCCUACUUUGCUUUUGUACUGCUCCUCAGUGGCUUCUGUGUGACCUGCAGCCCUCCUGUCAACCCUCUGAGCAUCGAGUUACUCCAAAUGUCCCACUCUCUUUUCUACAUCACAUGUGUUCUCACUACUGUGGCAGCUCUGUUACCCAGGCUGUUUAUUCAAGCUUUACACAACACACUGCAGCCAUCUACAGUUUUGAAAUCAGCUCACAUGGAUACAGUGGACUCUGAAAAUUACCGCAGGAGAAUGCAGCGCUGGAACAUGACCCACUCCAGAAGCAACAGGCUCUCGGCGGGUGCCGACAACCCCGGCCUGGAGCCCAGCUUAGCGUGAGAGCUACGCACAUGCAGAGAGCUGCACGUGAUACCUCUACUGAUGCACAAUCUCCCCUGAGAACAGUGUACCUGAAGCUGAAGGAAAGGUUUCUGUUAAUGUGUCGCAUUGACGUGUAUCAGAGCCAGAACUGAAGUUUUGUUCAAUAAAAGAUUUUGACUCCAAAGAACACUGAAUAUAAUUGGCUGCAUUUUGUAUGAA